GUCCUCUUCCCGGGCGUCCCUCCUGCCUCAGGCUUGCCUCGUUGUCGCUUUCUUGCUGCCCCUUCGCAAGGGCACGAGGCCGUCGUUCAGUACACACGAGGCAGCAGCGCCCCUCUGCUGAGUAUCCGGUGUGCCUAGGACAAGCCGUCGGCCGAGCGUGUUUAUCGCGCGCAGAGGACCAUCCACAAAAAAGACAUAUCAGUAACGCGUGCUACGUCUUAUCUGAGGACUUGGACUUGGACUCUUAACUUACGUUGAAUCUGUCGUUUGUGCAUGACUGAUGUCACGACAGCACCAUAAUCCACCCACCGACCCGCCCUCGUCGUCCCAGGGCGACUCCCCGACCGAUCGGCGGCCAGGGGGUGAAACAAACACGUCGGGCGAAGGAGACUCGCCUAGGGACGCGUCUUCCAAACCGACCCCCAUUUCGCGGGAAGCGACCAAUAGCACAUCCGAGCGGGAGGAGGGCUACCCCUCCUGGCUGCCCAAGCGCCCCCCGCCCCCAGCUCCCGCCUCCACCUUCACGUCGGUCGGGAUGCCUACACCGGUGAGCGAGUACCCCGGCCGCGGCGCGACCCCCGACCCCUUCGCCUACGUAGGUGGGCGCAAGGCGACCCCACGCUCCGUGCGGAUUAUCAGUAUGGCCUCCCAGGCUGAGAAGGAUCCCUACGCCCGUCGCGAGCCGACGGACCAGACGAGGGUGAGCGGCGCCCACCAGCACGCGCGGGUCUGGUCGCGCGCGACCUCUGGCGGCUUGUCCACCACGCUCUUCUCCGCUGGCAGCCCUUUCCCCCUGCAUGUGCCCCGGCCUCGGUUCCGGGCGAAUGGUCUCCAUCUAGAGCUCCUGCGAAACCCUUCCUGGCGAUCCCGUCUCCAUUUUUAUCUUUGGCCGUUCUUCAUCUUCUACGACAUCCCUUUGCAAACGUUUUUCGACUUCAAUGCUGUAUUUAUAUUGAUUCAAGUUGCUAAGUUUCCGGAUCCCCUUGCUCCCGGAGUUCCUGGUUCAGGACGGAAUUGGGCCCUAGGCGUGGCCGCCUACAUUGCAUGCUGGUUUGCAUGGAUCUUCUUUGUAUUUCUAAUUUAUCAGCUCAUAUACUCCUUUUACCGACGGUGGCGAGUUAAACGCCCCCUAAUGCUUCCGUUAUACAUGUCCUCACCCGCAUUCAACUUCGUCUGUAUGACCUCUUACAGUAAUUUCUCCUUCUUCCAGCACCUCCGUUCUAGCGCUUUCAAGGAAGAGUCGAACGGCUCGCUCCGGGACGGCCUCGCGGAGACAUUCUACUACUACUCACAAAAUCUGCCCACCGUCGCCCUGCUCCUGCCGCGUGCCGGCCUUUCUUUAGCUCUUCUGCUGACGUUUUGGACUCCAAACCCCGACUAUGCAGCGCUCGGCACGAGUCCGCGGGACGGGACCUUUUUCGAUCCUGACGGGACGUUGACAGGAUACGCCAAGGGCGUCCUGAUCGCGAAUGCUGCCUGGACAGCGUGGAGAGUCCUCGUAUUGAUGACUAGUUGGCUCGGCCUUUGGGCACUCAGCGGCCAGCUGUUCGCGGGGCUCUGCGGGCCGCGGUACCGCUGGGAGGAGGACGACGCGGAGAAGACGAUGUCGGUGAUCAGCGACGGCGCGUCGGACGGCGACGCGCUGCCGUGGAGCUGGCGCGAGUGCACGCGGCUGCGCGUGCAGGAGGCGUACGAGUUCUGCCUGACGACGCGCCCGCCGCGCCGUGCGGUGCACGGGGGCGAGAAGAAGGAGGUGUCGGACGUGACUGUGCCCGAGUCAGCGCGGUAUGAGGGCAUGGAGCAGAUUAUGGCGGCGAUUGGCCUCCCGACGGGCGGGGCGCAGCCGUACCCGCCGAAGAGGGGCGUGCUGUCGCAGGAUCUAUUUGAGAGCCCGCAGGAGGUGGUAGCGGAGAAGGGGCGGGAGGAGGUGGGACAGGAGGAAGAGGAGCCGGUGCCUGUACCUGCGCCGAGUGUGGGCAAGGGGAAGGGGCGGGCGGUGUUUCCAGGCGAUGAGGCGCCGUUUGCGAAGGUGCCGUAUGCGUUUACGGGGCAUAAGGCGCAGAUAUCGUCGACUUCGGUCCCGCAUGAUAUUCCGUUCCCGCCGUCGCCUGUUCCUCCGGAAGAGAAGUCGGAGACGGAAGAGCAUACCGAGGAGGAAGAGGAAGAGGAGGAAGAAGGAGAAGAAGGAGAAGGGGAGGCGGAAGAGAGCCGCGUGGAGAGCGAGCAGACGUCUUCGCCGCGAGCAAGAAGUUCGGCGUCCAUGUCGAGUCUUGGCCGGCCGGUCAACUCGAGAUAUCCCUUCCAGUUCCGCCGGCCUACGAGAGGGCACAGUAUCUCUACUGCAUCGCACAGCACUCCCCACACUCGCUCGACGAACUCGCGGUCCACUCCGUCGACCGACAAUUCGAACUCCAGACACUCACGGGCGACGCAGUCUACUGGGAACAGGUCGUCGACGGAUGAUAACUCACCUCGUUCGUAUCUCGGUAGCUCUCCCAGCGUCAGCGGGAUUCCUCGACCUCCACGAAAUCCUGCUGCUGGGCGCAGACGAGCAGGGACUGUCCCUUCGCUGCCCUCCUCUCCUUCGCCUGUGGUAUUUUCCGAACUGGCUGGCGGUCCUCGCGGAUCGAGAUUCAGGACGGAAAGUGACGAUACCGCUGCAUCGCCGUCGUUCAUCCAGGAUCCUCCGUAUGUUAUGUCGGAGGCGUACGAGACCGGCAGCGAAGACGAGUCACCCGAGUCCAGUGGCAUGAUGGAGCAGCCUGAGGCUGAGGGCAGCCAGGAGGCGGCUGAGAUAGGGGACAGCGUGGCGCUGCUGACGAGCGACGCCGGUCCGACGUUGAGCCCCCGAGCGUCGCUGGCGCAUAUACGAAGCCAUGGCAGUGGUGUCUCUCUCGGCCGGAGACGCAAUGGGUCGAGGAGCGGGAGCGGUAGUCGGAGCAGGACGAACUCGUCCCACGCAUCUGCUAGGAGUCGUGCGCAUAGCUUGAUACAGAGUAUCAGCGCCGCCAGCCGCAGCUCGCUAGAGUUGGUCUCCAGUGGGCUGCGGAGUCGGACGAGUUCCAUGGCAAGGCUGGAAGAUAGCCCCGGGUCGUCGGAUAGGAGUCGCAGCGUGAGCGAUGCGGUCCGUUCAGAGAUGAGCGGGAGUGGAAGCGGCAGUGCGAGCGAUGCGCUGAGCAGUCCUGAAAACCAUACGUUCGGGCAUCCUCUAAGAGAACAUUGGAGAGAGACCGAAGGCGACGACUCGCGUCUGGAGGAAGAGGAGGAGGAAGAUCUCACGGGGACUUCGAUCUUUGAGACGCCGGCGGCAUCGACGCCGCCAGAAUUGGGACCGCGGCUAAGGGGAUCACCAUCGGCGUCCAGCGCAGUGCCCAGCUCACGAAUAUCGGAGAGGACGGUGCACCUUGACCCUCCUGGCCAAGCAAUCCCUGGUGCGCGUCCUGGCACGACGAGGCCUCGUGUGCGCAGCGCGACUCAGCCGAGUAGGGAAAGUGAGAGCCCACCGGAUAUCAGCACUGCUGCGCCUUCCUUCAUCACUGCUCCCCCAAGCAUGUCAAGGACGUCGGAGUCGACCAUGCAGGUCUCCAGGACGCCCGAAAGCCAGUGGGCCGGACAUGUUGACCACUUCUUGGGUGCUGAAGGUAGGAGAGAGUACUGGGGUCCCAAUUGAGCAACGGCCAGGUUCUUCUUUCAGAUGGACAAUGAGUUUUCUGCAUUUUUUAUUCGACCGCCAUCCACAUUGUUAUUUUAUUGCACAUCGCCUAUCUUCAUUCAACCACCAUCCUCCUGCCGUCCCCCGCCACAUACUUCCCGUUUCCCCUCUCCGCUCCUAAUCCUUGUUUGUUGUAAACCCGCUUCCUUGUCAUCUCCCUAACGUCGCGCUAACACCUUCAUCACUUAACGAGCUACCUAAUGACUGAUCGCAGUGCUUUUCUUUUACCAGUCGUCAGUAAUCAGACAUAGAAUUUUGAUGGAGUUUUCAGACUGC